AUGCCCGCUUCAACCUCCAUCAAGCUAAAUACUGGCGCUGAAAUGCCUACACUCGGUCUUGGGACAUGGAAGUCCCAGCCGGGAGAAGUGGAGGGUGCUGUAGAAUUCGCGCUGAAGAAUGGAUAUAAGCAUAUCGAUACAGCGACUGCAUAUGGUAACGAAGCUGAAGUCGGCAAAGGCAUCAAGGCAUCUGGUGUCACCCGAGCCUCUUUCUUUUUGACUACGAAACUCGAUAACCCUGACCAAAAAGAUCCAGAGGCUGCCCUGAAAUAUUCGCUUGAGCACCUCGGAACGGAUUAUCUCGAUCUUUGGCUUAUGCACUGGCCUGCACCGAUGUUCGACCGCAAGACUCCUGAUAAAUCAGUUAACUGGCUUGAUACAUGGAAGAAAAUGGAGGAUAUUUACAAGAAAUAUCCUAAAAAAGUGAAGGCUAUUGGCGUGUCAAAUGUCUCUGUCGAAUUCAUGGAACAGCUGCUAGCAAUAGCCACUGUUGUCCCUGCAAUUAACCAGAUCGAACUUCAUCCAUCCUGCACCCAGCCAGAUGUAAUUGAAUUUUGCGCUAGCAAAGGAAUUGCCAUUACGGCUUACUCUCCAUUGGGUUCGGAGCAGUACUCGCUGUUGGAAAGUGACGUUGUAAAGAAAAUUGCGGACAAGUACAACGUUUCCCCUGUCACCAUCCUGCUGUCACUGUGGGCGAACAAGCCAAAUAUAUCAGUUCUCACCAAAUCUGUGUCUAACGCUAGGAUUGAAGCAAAUAAGAAGAUCAUUGACCUUUCUGACGGAGACAUUAGGGAGCUCGAUGCUAUAGACAAGACUUACCACUUCCGGAAAUGUCAUCCCUCUUGGACCGGCUGGGGAUCACUCGGUUUCUCUGAUUGUAUAUAGAUGCAUUGCCUCAGGACCGUAGAAACGCAGUGAGGAGACCUAUAAAUAUCAAGUGAAUGAAUGUACAAAAAUCGGAUGCUUUGUAGGAAAAUGCAAUAAAACUAAUGUACGGACUGGGGACAGUGCUCGUAUGAUCUCC